AUGUCGGACACACCCCGUCCAUCGCUCAAGCUCACCUUCGGGAAAAAGAAGGCGCCCGAGGAACCAUCUCAGAGACAGCCUGCUGCACCUCCUCCGCCAACAGAGACCCCCCAACGCAAGCUCACGCUCAAGAUCGCCCGUAGGCCGGCACCAGAAGCGCCUCCUGAGGAUGACAAACUUAAGAAAAAGAAGAAGACUUCGAAGAAGCGUCCAGCAGAGGGACCCGCGUUGCAGGAACCUUCCACCACGGUCGCGACAACCCAACCCUCUGGGCCUAAACGCCUGAAAUUAAACCCAUCGAAGAAGCCCGGGGUCCAGUCGCUUCGUAUCAAGAACAAGGGGCUGGUCCCCAACCGGCCGGUGGGCGUUGGCUACGACUCGGAGGCGUCCGACACGGAAAUCGACCCCUCGAUCGAGGAACAAUUCAUUCUGCGCAUGUUGCCCGGGGAGGAUUGCGAAUAUCUGCAGCGCGCCAUUUCUGAACGCCGGUUCGAUCGCUCGGAAAUUUCUUUUAAGCCACUCACCCGUGAGGGACGACGCGCCAUCUUCAAGAUCCGCGAUCAUCAAUACGCCGCAGCGCUGGUCGACUUGCCAUGUAUCAUCGAAGGUAUGAAGAGUUGGGACCGGCGUGGGUGGUACAAAUCUGCGGAUAUCUGCCAGAUGCUUCUGGUCCUUGGCCCGGUUGCUAAUGAACAAGAGGCCAUGGACUACCCGCUUCCCUCGGACAUUUUACACCCAGAUGACAAAACUUUGCAAUACCCACACGGUCUCACGCCGCCGUUGCGAUGGGUCAGGAAGCGGCGUUUCCGGGAACGGAUCAGCACGCGGACUAUCGAGCAGGUCGAGAAGGCCGUCGAAGAUCUGAUUGCCCAGGAUGAGGCUGCCGUGGCACCUAUCCGCUAUGAGCUGGUUGAUAAGACAGCAUUGAACCGGGCUGAGGGACUGGUCCAAAGUGGAGAUUACGACUAUGAAGAUGAAUACGAUGAUGAACAGGAUGCCGAGGGCGAGAUGGAGGAAGGCAUGGAAGAUGGUGAUGCUGGAGUAUACCAAGCGGGUACGCCAAUGGCAACGAAGCCGUCCACGCCUGCGCCAGAAUCGUCUGGUGAUGAGAGUGACGGGUCCGACGAUGGCGAUGAACCGGAAGACGAGCUGGACGAUGAGCAACUCGAGCAACAGCGGCAGAUGCAGCAGCAACGCGAGGAAAUUGCCGAACUGGAGGCACUGAUCCGCGCCGAGACCGCGAAGUGGGAGAAGAUGCAGAACGCCAUCCUGAAGGGCAAACUGGCCAAGCGGAUCCACGAUCUGAAACAGGAUCUAUCAUUGAAGAAGGUGUCUAUCGGCGAGGGCGAUGAUGCUGAUGGUUAA